GCAACUUUCACCACCAACUGCACCGCUAACACCCCCAGCACACACGACCAUGGCGUCUCCAAUUCCCUCAAUGGGCGCAAUACGCAUCCUCCGUCAGUCAAUACGGCCUCAAAUACGGCCGAAAAAUCAAGUGCGACACGCGACGCUCCUUCGCCGACCAAAGCGACCAUAUACCUUCACCCAACUCAUAACCCUCUCCGACGGCAGCUCCUUCACUGUACGCACAACGAAUCCCACACCAGUAUACAAAAGCGCCAAGGAUAUACGAAACUCACCCCUCUGGAACCCCAGCUCGCAGAAGCUGCUGAAUGUAGAGGAGGACGAGGCUGGGAAAUUGGCAGGUUUCAGGGCAAGGUUUGGGCGAGGAUGGGACGCGGAUACUGAUGCGGACAAGGAGAAGAAAGGAGAAGACCAUCUCAUGGAUCUGAUAAGUAGCCAGGCCAGGUCGACAGGGAAGACGGCCGAUGGUUCCAAAACCCCACCUGCGAAAGCGCCAGCACCAGUGCCAACACCCGCAAAGCCAGCUGCGAAGAAGUGAGGACUUUUUAGUCGAGAGUAGAACACCACGUUUUAACGCACGUUGUACAGAUAACUACAUAUAUGUAUCAGAUAUCGUGGAGAACACUAGAUGAUGAAUGCAUCAACACCAACCAUG